AUGGCAUCCAGUCUCAGCAGAUCGCCAGUUGACGUGACAAAACGGAGACCGCUGCUGCUCAGAAGCAAACAGCUAAAUGGCGGUUUGUUAAAGGCAAGUGCUAGAAAGAUAUUGAUGAGUAUAAGCCAGAUGUCACCCGAGGCCCAAAGAGCGAUGACACUGACGCAAGAGGACGCCAAGGAAAACGUGGCCAAAACUGAAAAUACCAAACAAAAGAACAAGAGAAUGCAGUGUCAUGAUCAAAGUAGAGACAUGAGUAGUUUAUGCACUGGCCGUGAUCAAAUUAUUGACGCUGCAAGAGAUUCUAGAUCUGGAUCUCGAUUACUAGCGGGAGCUCCUGGGGUCAACAUACGGGUGUUACCUAGAAGCAGGCGGAUCACUGCCUCGUCUUUUGGGACUUCUGUUCAGACAGGCACUUUUAGAUCCCGCAGCACCCUCUCCAUUACCGAACGUAACAACUCAAUCAGCGACAACACGGACAGCUACUACAACUACAAAAGCGCCAAAAAAAUUGACGGAACCAUCAACAGAAACAACCACCACAUCAAAGACGAUGAUAGCAUAAGUAACAGUCCAACAACAUCUGAGCCAAAACCAGACGUGGUACAAAGUUCGACGGAUGAAUCAAACAAUAAUAACAUCGGCGAAGUUAACAAUAAUUCCGAGCUUCCUAAAGAAGAACAAACAAGGCGACAUGAAAAUGUGCAGGCUGGGGUUCGCAAAGAAGAACAAUCAAGACGACCGGAAAGUUUUGUGCUGGCCUUAGACCGCGCUCUGGAAGAUAAGUGUAUCAGUCGCCUUAGCGGUGAUAUCACCAACACUGCUGGGAUAUCAGAAGUGGGCAGAGUGAGAGCGCUAGACGGCGGACGGCUGACCAACGCCCAGGAGAUUGUGGUCAAUGUUCGUUAUGACGACGACAGAGAGUUGAUCUUCCAUGACAACGAUGAGGAGAGCCUCAACAACGCCAGAGCCACGUCAAACAUCAGAAUUAACUUGUGGUUGGAAUACAACGAGGGUUUCCAGUCAGAAAAUAUAGUCGAAGACAUUAAAGUCUUCUCGACGAAUUACAACGAAGGACAAAAUGGCCAAACUUCAGGAGUUACAACUUACGGCAAUCCACCUUCGCUUCCAAAACCGAGAGGCAUAAAUCUGAAUAGACCUGCUUCAAAUAGGACAAACGCAUUAACAAAACAGACCAGUAAAACCAAAAGUUCAGCAGUAAAGACGGAUUUGAACAAUAAUAAAAUAAAUUGUAAGCCGAAGACAAACAUUUUCAAAAAUGGCAGAAACAAUUUGUGUUCAAAGAAUGGCUCUACCGAGAUAUGUGAUGGCAGCAAAAGACAGGUGUCUUCCUUUAGAAAUGGGAUUAAAAAGUAG